CUCCGAGCAGCAGCUGUAGGUCAACGGAGCACAUGUGCGGAAGAAACCGGGCGAAGAGAAAUGUGUGAGUGCUGAAGCUGGAAGAAAGAAGAUAAAUUCACAAAGUCUUGGUCUCUUCUGAGGACGCAAAGCUUUAACGAAAAUGGAUCUUCACGAUAAAGACAUUCUCCCUGGAGACAUUUUGCCUGUGGUGAUCAUCGGUAAUGGCCCUUCAGGGAUCUGUCUGUCAUACCUCUUGUCAGGUUACACCCCCUACCUGUCACCCGAGGCAUCGCACCCUAACACCCUGCUGCAGAGCAAGCUGGAAGAGCAGCCUCACCUUUCGCUGCUAGAGCAGGAUCUGGAGUACCUGUGCGAGGGGCUGGAGGGCCGAUCGUCCAAUCCCGUGGCGGUGCUCUUCGAUUCCCUGCUGCUGCCCGACAGCGACUUCGGACUGGACCACAUCUCGCCGCUGGAAUGGCGAUACGAGCCGGAGCGUGCGGUUCCUCACCUGGUGCUGGGGAAGGGUCCACCGGGAGGAGCCUGGCAUGCUAUGGAGGGCUCCAUGCUAACCUUGAGCCUGGCUAACUGGAUGGAGCUUCCUGGUCUCAAACUGAAGGACUGGAUGAGAGACAAACGCAGAAAUGUACGAAAUGACCGUGCAACACCAGCGGAGAUCGCCUCCUACUACCAGCACUACGUUACCCAGAUGUCCCUGGAGCACAACUUCGCCUGUGGAACCACCGUCACCUCGGUGACCAGGCAAAACGGAAACCAGGAGGGGUCACCGGCGUGCUGGCGAGUGACGGGACUGCAGCGAAGAGAAGGAGAGGAACUGGCAGGUGGUUCCUCUGUUUCCGAGGAGGUGCCUUUCUCCGUGUUGGCCCACAAUGUGGUGCUGGCGACGGGAACGCACGACAUCCCGGCCCGGCUCGACGUGGAGGGCGAGUCCCUGCCGUUUGUGUGCCACUCCUUCUGGGAGCUGGAGGCCGCCAUCUCUCGCGGCGAGCUCGACCAGUCCUCGGACCCGGUGCUGGUGGUGGGGGCGGGGCUUACGGCGGCCGACGCUGUACUGGCUGCACACCACCUCAACACGCCCGUCUACCAUGCAUUCAGACGCUCCGUCACCGACCCUGGCCUCAUCUUCAACCAGCUCCCCAAACUGCUCUACCCAGAGUACCACAAGGUUCACCAGAUGAUGACUCAGCAGCAGCACCAACCGAGCCCUCGGCCACAGGACCACGCCCAGAACCUCCGCUCCACUCCGUCGUCUCCAUCCUCCUCCACCUCCUCUUCCUCCUCGUCCUCUUAUCCGGGCUACCUGAGCUUCCCCCGUCACAGGGUCGUGGAGUUCCGCCCUGACAGGAAGUGCGUUUUGGAGUCGGACUCCGGCGAGCGGACGGUGGUCCAGGUCUCCAAGGUGCUGGUUCUGAUCGGCGCCCACCCGAACCUCUCCUUUCUGAAAGACAACGGCCGUGAGCUCGGCAUGAACCCCAAAGAACCGAUCACCUGCCGGAGGAACCCGGUUGAAGUGGACCCGUUCACAAACGAGGUGGUUGCAGCAGAGGGGCCGGGCAUGUACGCCAUGGGGCCGCUGGUCGGAGAGAACUUUGUCAGGUUCCUGAAAGGAGGAGCGCUUGCUAUCGCUAGCGACCUCGCCAAGAGACAGAGGGCGGGAGGGGAACUGAGCCCGGACAGAUUAAUGGACAGAUGGGUGGACAGGCAGGUGUCGGAAGCCGAGGUCCUGCACUCGUAGCAGAGUGACGGGACGGGAGAAAAACUAAAACUCUGAACGCAUCCGGGACUUGCACUGGUUUGGACAGAUGUGGAUCUGGUGCGGCAAAAUAAAAAUCCUCCAGAUGUGAGGCAGCCUGAGGAGCAGCUCCACAAACACAGAGAGCUGUGAUGAUAAAAUCAGAAAUGCAAAGGGCAGCCAUACUGUAUGUUGAUGGAGGUAGAUGCUGUAGUGAAGCAGAGGCAGAUGGUACGUUUGGGUCGUCCCUGUCGAUAGAUUAGCAAAUAGCAUAUCCAGAAAACAACGCUAAAGUAGAGGCGACUUGUUUGUUUCUUCAAGACGUCUUCAGUUAGAAACGACUGGUGGGGAGUUUAGGUUUUCAUCAGGAACACGUGUGGGUGGAGCUCACCUAAAACCCACAGGACUAAUAAAGAAUGAAUGACCAAGACCAUCAGACACAGUAAAGAUGGCAACGUCCAUGUUUACCUUUGAAAUUCUUUCCUAAUGGUAAUUAAAUGUGCAUGUAUGAGAAUAGAAAAAAAGUCUGAUUUUAAUACAAAUACAUUGUUACAUAAAUACAUUUUGAUAAGAAUCUUUUUACCUUCAUGUUGUUAAGGAUUUGUGAUUUUGCAGUAAAAAACAAAAACUCACCUCAUCGUGCCAUCUACCUGUCAGACGACGCAGUUUAUCACCAAUAAGCUCCUUCACAAACACUUAAACCAAGAAUUCGUUCCUGGUCUGUAAUUUUUGUUUGAUUUUAAAGACAAGUAGAACACAUUAUAUUUAAAUAACCACAUCUACAUUUAUUAAUGGUUUACAACCUGCAGUGGACGUACCAGUCGUAAACUGGAUAAAAAAAAAUAAAUUACUAGUGGACAAAAACAGAUGUGGAGAAGGAGAACUGAUAGUUUUCCUUUAAUCACAAAAAAGUUUAAUCAGUAUAUAAGACCAAACAACCCUAUUUUUUAACCCUGACGAUAACAUGUUGUUAAAAAAGUUUUAACUUCUGUUUUUUUAUUUGUUUUUUAACACUACAUUGUUCAGAAAUAGUUCAAACUAAUCUAAUAAUUUGCUGUGUCUAUACAUAAUUCAUGACGUUGCUGUUUGAAUCUGUGCUGCUUUUGUUUUUCUGUUUUUUUUUAAAUCAUGUGACUGUACCUGUCUUUGUUCAUCUCUGAUGCUUCUGAAAAGAUUUUAUACUUCACAAAACAACAAAAUAUAUAUAUAUUUUCUAAUUCUCUAAUGAAUAUGUUUCAUUCUCAGUGUUUCUUUGGCCUCACUGGACGAUCCAGUGUGUAAUCCGGUCUGUCCGGCUUUAACUUCUUUGAUUCCUUUUAAAAGUUUAUAUCUGAUUUUAGAAAUCAGGACGACGGACAUUGAUCUGUUCUAAUCUAUCUCUGUUGAAACACAUUUGAUAUACAGAGAGUGAUCUGGUUAUUAACACCUCUUCCUCGUCCGAAAAAUGAUUUAGAAGUAGUUUGAAGAAAAUCAGUUUAAUAUAAAUAUGCAAUAAAAAGUAGUUUGUAUUUUUAUACUGUGUGGCGACUUCAGCUCAGUUGUACAAAAUGCUGCAGAGAAGCUUCACUGAGCAUGAUGUUAAUCUUAUAAAGUCCCUCUGCAGAUAUUUAUAUAUGUAUUUUUACAUCUAUGAGGCUGUUAAUAGCAAAAUAUUUAAGAUUUUAGAACUGUAACUCCGAUAGUUGGCCGAAGCUUGGACUUAAUCAUCGACCGACGUUUGUGUUUGUGCCAAUAAAAUGCCGACGGCCACAAUUUGAUUUUAUAUAAUAAUUAUAAUAAUAAGUCCCACAAAAAUGCCGGCGACCUGUCUGUGGUCCUCUGCUUCAUCCUCACUGUACUAAAAACUUUAAAAGAAAAUGAUAACUUGCCUAAACUGAAUUUAUCUGGGACUAUUUUUUGCGGCGGAUUAAUUCAUAUUUGGUUCUUCAGUGAGGAAUUGUUGCAGCAGUGACACAAAAAACCUACCUACCCAUAAAAAUACCAAAACAAUAAAUAAACGUUUAAUUGUAGCAACAGUCCUUUGCUUCUAAUUUUAGCUUUAUUCAGCUACUUAUCAGAAUAUGUUAACAUUUUUGCUAUAGUAUAUAUUUCCACUAUAGUGCACCUAAUUUUAAAGAGACAAAUAUAGAAGAUAUUCUGUACAGUAUUAAUGUUUUCUAUAUUAGUGACGGGAAUAAUUAAAUAUUAUCAAUGGAUCGUUGGGUCUUGUUAUAAAUACAUUCACCAAAAACUCCCAAGAGUGAAGCUCACAUCUGUGAGGUUUUUUUUUAAUAAAGAAAAUUAUUUAAAAUGUCCUAAAUGUCAAUCAAUGAGGUUAGUUUGACGUGAGUUUUAAUCCAGGUGGUAAUAGUUGAUAUGUGGCUGUACAUUACUACUACUGUAAUUCAAUUCAGUUUAACAGCACCAUAAACCACAUCCUCCAGAAUGAUCCUCCAGUUGAAUUAUUUCAGCAUCAACUGAACAUUAGAUUAGUCGUGAAGGAGGAUUCAGUGUAGGACUGUUUUAUUAGAUUGUACCUAAUGAGCUGGCAAGAGGGUGCAUGUAGAUAUAUGUUGUAGAAGCAGAAUGAUAAACUGGGAGUUCAAGAGUUUAAUCAACUGGAUCUUUUAUUUUUUCAGCCUUUAUUUAACAGUGCAAUCUGAGGCGUGUCUUCCAUGUUAUUUCUUUUUAAAAAAUCCUGACGCAAUAAAUGAAUCGUGUGUGUCCAUGAAAAUGAAGAGACAUUUAGCAGACGUUAUGGUGUGUUAUAUUAGAAUUCAUUCGUUUUGACUUGUGUACCUAAUGAAGUGGCAAGUAAAUGUAUUUUGGGGGGUGUUUAUGUUUGAUCUGAAAUGAUUAGUACAGGAGUGCCUUAAGAGACAUUAUCCACAGCUUUAUGUUUUUGUUUUACAGCAGAAAUGAUAUCUGAAUGUUUGCUUUGCAGUAAAAAAUAAUAAAAAAAAAAAUCACAUCCUG